AUGGUGGCAACGGGAGGAACGCAAGCUUGGCUCCCCAAAAGCGGGCCGGGCCAAUCAUGUGCCUGCAAUGUUCGGCAUCGCCCACUUCGCCUUCUGCCGUCCCCUGGAUUGAUUGACGAGCUGGGAGUGAUGGCAAAGCCGGUCCAAGGCCACAGCUGUCGACGACUUGCUUGCUAUUCGGAUUGGAAGGCUGGAACCGGAUUCUGGGAAAGCUGCGGGGAGAGCAGCCAACCGUCCGCCUCCUCCCCCCCCGACGACAAUCCUGACAAUCCUGACAAUCCUGACAAUCCUGACAACCCCGACAAUCCUGACAAUCCUGACAAUCUCGACAAUCCCGACAAUCCCGACAAUCCCGACAAUCCGUCUGGAACAUGCCAGGUGCCGGGUGCCCGAGGCUUUUUGGCACUCAACCGCACCCUCCGCCCUAUUCAUCCGCCAACCAGGCCCAUAACUACUACCCUGGCUCUUUUCCCCAGGAUCCCAGGCGGCCAAACUCCUGAUCUUCCAUCGUCCGCUCUGGCCUUCCUUCCCGUCUCCCGCCAUUUCCAUCUCUCAGCCUUGGAUCGCGCUCUCGACACCACUGCUUCCUUUCACGGUGUCGGUGUAGGCCGCAGCCGCAGCCGUAGCCUCUACUUCAUCCGCCUAUCCGACAUUGUUCAGAGCAACCCGUACCGACCGUCCCUUGGAGCGCUUUGCGCCGCUUGGUCGAGCUGCAUCUUGAGCUUCAGGAGGUUCGUGCACCACUACAUACUGCAUUGA